UAUUUGUCGACUCAUGUUGACUUUUUUAUCCUGAAUUUUCUCCGGUGAAACGGCUCUGUCCCUCUGCUUCUAAGGGCAAAAUCGUCACACUUUCUGCUUUUUAAUACUUCUCUCUGUUUUGCAUCUUCUCUGAUCGCUUGUUUGUUUAAGCUGAGUUUUGCUUAUCUCUCUAGUAUAGGAGAGAUUGUUUGAUGGGUACAUCAUCUGGUUCAAAUAUACACCACCAAUCUACAUCCAAGAUGCUACCACCACGACAGCAACCACGAUCUGGAGGUCUACAAACAUCUCUAUCACUUGUGACUUCGGAUCCCAUGCUAUCCCCUGAUGGCCAAGAACCCAGAUCAAACUCUGAUAAUGUUCGUGGGUCACCAACUGAGAGUGCCAGCUCACGAGAAACUUGGCCUACUGCUGAUGCUGUCAUGGCAAAGAAAUUAGACAAUGGGAAGGCAGAGAUCGAUUGCCCUGAACAAUCAGUAAUCCGACGUGUUUCAAGUGCAGAUAAAAUUUCUCUUCGGGAGGUUGCUAGAGAAAGAGUUGAUGUAAUCUCUGAAAAGAUGCAUCAUCUACCUGAUGAGUUUUUAGACGAGUUAAAGAAUGGGCUCAGGGCUAUUCUUGAAGGAAAUGGGGGUUCACAGCAGAGGGAAGAAUUUUUGACUCUACAAAGACUUGUUCAGAGUAGGACAGACUUAACUGCUAAAACAUUGAUAAGAGCCCACCGUGUACAGCUGGAAAUCCUUGUUGCAAUAAAUACUGGAAUUCAGGCAUUUCUGCAUCCAAAUAUUAGUCUGUCUCAAACUUCCCUCAUAGAGGUCUUCGUGUACAAAAGAUGCAGAAAUAUAGCAUGUCAAAACCAGCUUCCAGCUGAGGAUUGUACCUGUGAAAUAUGCACCAACAGGAAUGGUUUCUGCAAUCUUUGCAUGUGUGUGAUCUGUAACAAGUUUGACUUUGAAGUGAAUACCUGUCGAUGGAUUGGUUGUGAUUUGUGUUCUCAUUGGACUCACACAGAUUGUGCCAUCCGUGAUGGGCAAAUAUGUAUGGGUCCUUCUGUUAAGAGUGGAGCAGCUUCCACUGAGAUGCUUUUCAGGUGCCGGGCUUGCAAUCGUACAUCUGAGCUAUUGGGCUGGGUUAAAGAUGUAUUUCAACAUUGUGCCCCAGCCUGGGACAGGGAGGCUCUAAUGAGGGAGCUUGAUUUUGUUAGUCGGAUCUUCCGUGGAAGUGAAGACCCUAGAGGGAGGAAGCUCUUUUGGAAAUGUGACGAUCUUAUUGAAAAAAUGAAGGGUGGAGGUGGUGAGUCAGCUUGCAGAGCAAUAUUGAUGUUUUUCCAUGAACUUGAGGUUGACUCUCCAAAGAGCCUGGAAAAUGGAGAAGGUGGGAGGCUGAUUGCUCCACAAGAGGCAUGCAACCGAAUUGCAGAAGUUGUACAGGAGGCAAUAAGAAAGAUGGAAAUGGUGGCUGAUGAGAAGAUGAGGAUGUUUAAGAAAGCCCGCAUGGCUCUUGAGGCUUGUGACAAGGAACUGGAGGACAAGGCCAGGGAAGUGGCAGAACUAAAGGUAGAGAGACAAAAGAAGAAGCUACAGAUAGAGGAGCUGGAGAGGAUUGUGAGGCUUAAACAGGCAGAGGCAGAUAUGUUCCAACUCAAAGCCAAUGAGGCAAAGCGAGAGGCCGACAGACUCCAGAGGAUUGCUCUUGCGAAGUCAGAUAAAUCAGAGGAAGAAUAUGCUAGCAGUUAUCUGAAACUCCGGUUGAGUGAGGCAGAAGCUGAGAAGCAGUAUCUAUUUGAGAAGAUUAAGCUGCAGGAGAGUUCACGUGCUUCACAAAGUGGUGGGGGUGACCCUUCACAGGUGAUGAAUUAUAAAAACCAAAAGCAGCUGCUAGGGUACAGCUGCCCACUGACUAUAAUUGCCCAGCUUAAUGAACUUCACCCUCUAUGAAAAACUCUUUGAGAAAUGCUUUGUAUUAUAUUAUAUAAUUAAUUUGGUUUAUGAACUAGGGAGCACUUUUUUCAAUGAACCAAGUGUGAAUGAGAUGCUAUCCAGUUUCAUUUGAACUCAUCUCUGUGGUGCCUUUAACAAGUUAGAGGAAUCAUUAAAAGUCUCUGGAACUUAAGGUGAUUCUUUAUAUAGUUAUGUACAAAGAUGUCGGCAAGUGCAUUUGUACUUGUACUUUGUAAUUUAACCAGAUGAAUUUCCUUUUUGGUGUA